ACAAAAAUAGUCUUUACCUCAGUGUGACCUUUGAAAAUGGCUGGCACUGUAUCAGAGUCAAUGACAGGGAAGACCAAAUUCUCUGCAAUCUCGGCAAUGCGAAGGCGGCGCACCAGAAUAAGAGCGUUCCUCUCCGUUAUUAUCUUUCUAGUGCUGUUUGGUGGCUUGGUCCCUGUGUUCGCUCCUCUUCCUUCUCUUUCACCUCUUCAUCAUCGGCACCUACACAAGAGGAUGAAUGAUCGAAAAUUUGAGGUUGCUGAGGACAUGUUCUGGAAAGAUGGUGAGCCAUUUCAGAUUAUUGGUGGCGAUGUGCAUUAUUUCCGGGUGCUUCCUGAGUAUUGGGAGGAUAGGCUUUUUCGAGUUAAGGCUUUGGGUUUAAAUACCAUCCAAGUUUAUGUUCCUUGGAAUCUGCAUGAACCUAAACCCGGAAAGCUGGUUUUUGAGGGUAUUGCAGAUCUAGUAUCAUUUCUCAAACUCUGUCAAAAGCUAAAUUUGCUCGUUAUGCUUCGAGCUGGACCUUACAUUUGUGCUGAGUGGGAUUUUGGGGGUUUUCCACCUUGGUUGCUUGCCAUAAAACCAGCUCUCAAACUCAGGUCAUCUGAUCAUGUUUACCUUGGAUUGGUUGACAAAUGGUGGGGAGUCCUACUCCCAAAGAUAUCUCCUCUUCUUUAUGAGAAUGGAGGCCCUAUUAUAAUGGUUCAGAUUGAGAAUGAAUUUGGUUCAUAUGGAGAUGAUAAGGCCUAUCUUCAUCACCUUGUUACAUUGGCCAGAGCACAUCUCGGGGAAGAAAUUGUUUUGUAUACAACGGAUGGAGGUACUAGGGAAACUCUCCAGAAGGGGACUAUAAGUGGAGAUGCUGUUUUUUCUGCUGUUGACUUCUCUACUGGUGAAGAGCCUUGGCCUAUAUUUAAGUUACAAAAGGAGUUCAAUGCCCCAGGGAAAUCACCACCGCUUUCUUCGGAGUUUUAUACUGGCUGGCUUACACACUGGGGGGAGAAGAUGGCAGUGACUAGUGCAGAUUCCACAGCAUCUUACCUGGACAAGAUUUUAUCAAAGAACGGUUCUGCAGUGCUUUACAUGGCGCAUGGUGGGACAAACUUUGGUUUUUACAAUGGAGCAAAUACUGGUGUGGAUCAGUCUGAUUACAAGCCUGAUCUAACUUCUUAUGAUUAUGAUGCACCAAUUAAGGAAUCUGGUGAUGUCGACAAUGUAAAAUUCAGAGCAAUUCGGAGGGUGGUAGAGAAAUAUAGUGCCACAUCUCUUCCUUCAUUUCCUCCUGAUAAUGCAAAGGCAGGAUAUGGACCAAUUCAGUUACAGAAAACAGCAUUGUUGUUUGAUCUACUUGAUACAAUAGAUCCUGCAGAUGUAGUUCAAUCUGAAAACCCAAUUUCAAUGGAGUCUGUGGGUCAGAUGUUUGGAUUUCUUUUGUAUGUAUCGGAAUAUGCUGGAAAGAACUAUGGCAGUAGUCUCCACAUACCAAAGGUGCAUGACAGAGCUCAAGUGUUUGUAUCAUGCCCAUCUGGAGAUAAUGGUGGAAGGCCAACAUAUGUUGGCACAAUUGAAAGAUGGUCAAAUCAAGCACUUAGCCUCCCUUAUGCUAGAUGCGUCUCCAACAUUAGCUUGUAUAUUUUGGUUGAAAAUAUGGGUCGUGUAAAUUAUGGGCGAUACCUAUUUGAUAAGAAGGGUAUUUUAUCUUCGGUUUAUUUGGAUGGGAAAGUUCUGCAUGGAUGGAAAAUGUAUCCUAUUCCUCUUCACAACCUCAAUGAGGUGCCAAAAAUCAAUACCAUUCAGGUUGUAUCUUCUGGAUCCAUUCAACAAUCUGCUCGCAAAAAAUUAGAACAUAAACAGGAGAGCCUUUCAAAAGAACCCGCUUUCUUCACUGGCCGUUUUAGUAUUGAUAAAGUAAACCAAGUUAAAGAUACAUACAUAUCUUUCAGUGGUUGGGGUAAAGGGAUUGCAUUUGUCAAUGAAUUUAACAUAGGAAGAUAUUGGCCGUCUUUUGGACCACCAUGCAAUCUUUAUGUCCCUGCUCCCAUCCUUCGUGAUGGGGAAAAUGUUGUGGUUGUAUUUGAGUUAGAAUCUCCGAACUCUGAGCUCUUGAUACACUCAGUUGAUAAGCCAGACUUCACGUGUGGUUCAAGUAACUCAAAUGUUCAUACACUUUAACACUACCCGCACUCGGGCAUCCAGUUGUCUCAUGCCAAGCUGACAACGCUGAGAAGGUAGAGUUUGACAUAUAUACAUUAUCAGACCUUCUGAAUCUUCCACAUUCACAGUAUUUUAUUACCACAACUAUUACAUCCCAUCCCCGUGGAGAACAUAUUGGAUGAUCGACAGUACUUGAAUAGAGACAAGCCUGUCGAUGUGGAGAAGAAUCUGAUUUGGGAAAACCGUUGUAUAGUCUGUAUGUGCACAGUAUGACUCUUUUAACAUUUUUUUGGCAAUCAGUUGAUAAUGGUAGCUAAUAUUGUGGAAUCUAAACGGGCAUAUAUGAUUGUUUUACACCUUUUCUUUUCGA